AUGUCAUCAGAAACCGUCUCCCACCAAAACUCUCAAUCAUCGUCCUCCCCUUCGCCCAGCACUCAAGAAAGUAGCAAAUUAGGACUGAUCUUCCACUUGAUCACUCACGAUUCGACUCGUGGAGAAGUAUACAUCGUUGAUAAAUGGUUCGAUUUCGACCGUUACGAGCCCCAGACCGUCUAUCAGAACAUCUCUAAGAUGAAUGAAGAGUCCGAAGGCUUGAUCCAAACCGCUGGACUGGAACGAAUUCGUAAUUUCCCCAAUCUUACGGAAGAUCAAUUAGACGACGAAGAGGUUGAUACCGCGGACAAACUCAGUUCUGCUUGUCAGACUACCAAUUCUGAUCCUUCGAAGGUAUUUUACCACAAAGUUUUCCAUCGGGACUUAAAUGGCUUUCCGCUCUCUCGGACUUUCCUUAGAGCCACCAAUCCUGCGAUUGAUCAUUUGGGAAACGUACUUCGACCAGAGUGGUUUGGCAACAAUACCGAUCUUGUAAAUACCUAUAAUGACCAGACGAACGUCGAAAUCAAACGUAGGUUCGAUCCCAAUUUCAAUCCGACAUCGGUAUCGGACACUAAGGACGAAUAG